AUGACCCAUCAUGCCGCACCAGUAUUGUUUACGCUCUGUCUCGUGCUCGUCCUGCAAGGACGGUUCGCCCUCUGGCCCGCUCGCGGUGUGCUGGCCAUUCCGACAAACGUGGAACCACCGAAGGAAAUAGUUUACCCAAAAUGCACCGGGCCGGGAGAGCCAGGUCAGUGCCAGACGUUUGGCUAUCGGUAUCGCUUCGAGCAGACCAUCAACAACUGCACGCAGUUCAUAUGGGGCGGUUGCGGCGGCAAUCUGCAGAACAACUUUGAAACUUACGAGCAGUGCAUGCAGCAGUGCGCUAAUGAAACACAUUCAACGCAACCGCCCGUUCUGCUGGCAACGACCGCGGAUCCAUCGUCCACCAUUCGGACCCAGACGCAGGAAGCGUGGUCGCUGCACUCCUCGAGCAGCACCCUGGCUCCGGUUCCGGACGAGCUGCGCGGUUCCGAGCUAACGUUCAAGGAGACCGGCUACUUUAAAACGUUCAUGUUUGCCAAAAACAACACCUUCAUCCAAAUGGACGGCGAAACUAUCCAGACCUUCCAGCUACGACUCUGCCGAGAGAUAUCGUUCCAGUUUCGAACUCGGCUACCGCACGGGCUGCUCGUGUACCACAACGUCAAGACACCGGCCGGUGUCAAGCUAGACCCAUACGCGCUCUACGUGAUCGUCGAGAAGGGCCAGCUGAAGGUGGUGCACGUUUUCGGCAACCACUCGACCAGCGUGACCGUCGGCGAAGGGCUGAACCGGGACGAGUGGCACAGUGUCAUGGUGAGGAUCGACGUGCACGGUGCCCGGCUGAUAGCCCGUGUCGAUAACAGCAAGGAGGAAGUGUACCUAAAGGGAUUAAAUCACGAAACCAAUUACGGUGUAUCCAUCAAUCUUAUGUCUGUCGUCCUGGUUGGCGGACUCAGCUCGGAAGAGAAACUGCACGGCGUUAAGUACAUAAUUGAGUCAUUUGUCGGUUGCAUACGGAACGUGUCGCUCAGCUCCGGGAAGGCUGCCUCGGACCUGCUGCCCAUCACGCCGCUCAUCGCGACCAAGCACGAGAACGUCAAGGAGGGCUGCCGCAACACAUGCCACUCGCCCCAGAAUCUCUGCUUCAAGGGGUCCCGGUGCAUUAAUCAUUACUACGACAUCUCGUGCGAUUGUUUCGGCACCAAGUACGAGGGCGAGUACUGCGACAUCUACACCGCCACAGUAUUAACGUUGCGAGGGUCCAGCUACGUGUCGUACCGUAUCUACGACUGGAAGGACCGCGUUCACUCGCCCCUGACCCGCAUCAGCAUGAUGUUCAAGACGAACUACGACGAUUCGGCCCUGUUCUACGCCAGCGGGGAGUCGCUGAAGCCCCAGUAUAUUGCGGCUUCGAUUAAGAACCACUCGGCGUACAUCGAGAUGGACUUCGGGGAUGGCGUGAUGGUGGCGACGCUUGGGCAAGACCUUACGCGCCACUACUGGCACAAUCUGACGAUCCAGCACGCGCACGACAAGGUGAUAGCGAUCCUGGACGAUCACGUCAAGGUGAUGGAUGCGCUCGGGCCCAUCCACAACCUGCUGUUCGACCCGGAGAUCUACUUUGGCGGUGGCCAGAACCUCGGCAAGCGCAAAGGACUCGCCUCGAGCAACAACUUUGUCGGCUCGCUCAAGUACGUCUUCUACAACGACGUGUCGGUGCUGUUCGAGCUGCGAAAGGGCAACCCGAAGGUGCACUACAUUGGGGUGCUCGAGGAGGAGUACUUCGAUGCCAACGUGGAGGUCAUUCCGAUCACCUUCUCGUACGCCAAGUCACACAUCUGGUGGCCGAUGAACAACCCGGACACGCUGUCGCUCAAGUUCGACUUCAAGAGCAGCAAGGCUACGGCUGUCCUAGCGUACAGUGAGGUGCGAACGACCGAAGGCCAAGGAUUCUGGGAGAUUCGUCUCGCCACCGACCGCCUCAGCUUUGACCUGUGCCCGGACGUGAAGAGCAACGUGACCCACACCACGUACAUCCGCAUCGAAAACCCGACCUCCUGGCACUCGAUCCACCUGUCGUACGAGCGGAACGAAAUCAAGUUCGUCGUCGACUAUCGGCACGCGGUUUCGCAGAUGUACGGACUUUCGUUUAACAUCGGUGAUAAGCUGAUUAUCGGCAGCAGCCUGAAGGCGGCCGCUUCCGGUCUUGUGGGUUGUUUGCGCGAUCUGAAAAUCAACGGCGUGGAAAUAGAGCCACGCUACUUGGUGAAAAGCGAGCGGGUCGUCGGCGAUGUGUCACUGGACAACUGCAAGUACGUCGAUCCGUGCAAGAAGCCAAACACCUGCGAGCACGGCGGCAAAUGCUCCGUCAAGGACGACGGUAUCAUCUGCGACUGCAAGGACACGGGCUACAUCGGCAAGAACUGUCAUUUUACCAAUUUCCGCAAAACAUGCGAAGAGCUGGCCCUGCUCGGGUACUCCAAGUCGGACGUGUACUCGAUCGACAUCGACGGCAACGGUGUGUUUCCGCCGGCCCUCGUCAAGUGCGACUUCCAGAGUCUGGCCAAUGCCACCAAAACGAUCGUCGAGCACAACCUUCCGUCCCAGGUGGACGUACGAUCGGCCGCGGACGAGGACUUCAGUUUCAACAUCCAGUACCGGGAGUUCAGUGCCGAGAUGCUGCAGGAGUUGAUCUCCCAUUCGCUGUACUGCACGCAGUACAUGAAGUACGACUGCAUCAAGGCCCCGCUGGAGCUACACUCGGCCACCUGGUUCAAGUCGUCGAGCAACAACAACACGGUCGACUCACUGGGAGAGGUGAAGCGAGGAACGUGCUCGUGCGCGGUUGGCAAAAACUGCGAGGACCCCAAUCUGUCCUGUAACUGUGAUGCCAACCUCAAUCGGUGGCUGUCGGACGAGGGCUACUUCAAGGAGCCGCCCAAUUUGGGCAUCACACAAAUGUACUUCCUUCAGCACAAGAAUCUCGACGAGGAGUCGCAAGGGCGGAUAACGCUCGGUCCACUGGAGUGCGUCGAAACAAACACUCAGAAGUACGUGGUCACUUUCACCACCUCGCAGUCGUACAUCGAGGUGCCGGGCUGGCGAAAGGGCGAUAUCGCGUUCUCUUUCCGGACCACCGGCGAGAAGGCCAUUCUGCUCUUCCAGCCACCGAUCCGCUCGAACUAUCCCUCGUUCAUGGUGGCCCUGACCGGGGACUAUCAGCUGACAUUCAACUUUACGCUCAACACGGGCACCCCCAAAACGCUGGUCAUCGACACGAACCGGAAGCUGAAUGGCGGCGAGUGGCAUAAAAUUUGGAUCGACUACAACGAGCACCACGUGCGCUUCAUGAUCAACACCGACACGCGCAUGGUGGACCUGCAACCGGAGGAAGAAUUCGGCCCGUUCGAGGGUAGCAUGUUUAUUGGCGGAGCGCCCACAGAAAUCUCCAAAAAGUAUACCGUGAAACAGGGACUCAUCGGGUGCUUCCGCGGGCUGGUCGUGAACGGCGAAAUACUGGACAUCUACAGCUUUAUGUCGGUCCAUCUGUCGGAGAUUAUUAAAGACUGCAAACCGUCGUGCGUGCCGAAUCCGUGCAAGAACGGGGCGUACUGCCGGGAGCUGUGGAGCACCUUCGAGUGCGUCUGCAAGAACCGCUGGGCCCACAUUGGCCAGCACUGCGAGACGAACGUUAACGAGGACGCACUGACAUUCAUUAGCCGCGAGUCGUACCUGAAGCGCAACUAUCUGUCCGACCCGGAGGACAUGCGGGACGAGCGGGAGCGUCUGCGGAGCAUAUUAAAUUCCUCGCUGCUCGUAAAUCUACGCACGUACGACCGGCACGCGUUCGUCCUGUACGCGAACGACCACCACAACAACUUCAUACAGCUCUACCUCACGAACCGGAGCGAAGUGGUGUACCUUUACAACUACGGGGCCGACAUUGUCAACCUUACCAUCGAACACAGUGAGCUAAACAAUGGCCGCAGCAUGCAGGUGACUGUGAUCCGUACCGAGACGAACACGACGCUGUACGUCAACGAGAACAACGUCACCGUCGACAGGGGCUUCUUGCUGCUGGACGAGUACUCCAAUAAACCGUGGACAAAUCCUGAGCACGAGGUGCUUUCGCCACACCGGCCACCGGCACCACCGACCGAGUACUUCCAGUUCAACAUCGGUGGCUACGAUCCGGCCAACUUGCUCCGCCCGAACCAGGAUACGGUCGAACUGGAAGGUUACAUCGGGUGCAUCCGUGGGCUGAAGAUUGGAGAGAAUCUUAUAUCGCUACGCGAAAUGGCCACCCAGAACAAUGCGCAUGUGACCGAAGGCGUGUUUAAUGGAUGCCAGAUGAAGUGCGAUGCCGAGCCGUGCAAGAACGGUGGCAUCUGCACGGAGAACUUUGUCCGCCAGGAGAGCACCUGUAACUGCGAGCACACGAGCUUCCUGGGCGAGUUCUGUUCGGAAGAGAAGGGCGCCAGCUUCAGUGGCGAGGCGACGCUGCUGCGGCGUUUGGCCCUUGCGGAAGGCGUCACGUCCGUCCGGUUGCAGCUCGCCUUCUCCAGCCACGACCUGCGUCGCACCAACCGGGUGAUGCUGCUACUGCAGUCUCGCAACGACCGCAGCUACUACCUGAUGGUGGCCAUCACCGGCGAUAACCAUCUGUACAUUGAGGAGGACCGCGAGGGCUCGACGUACGCGGCCCGCAUCGAGAGCAACUUCAUGGACGACGCACGCCACUCGGUCUACUACACGCGGCGUGGCGACGAAACGUCGCUGCUCGUGGACCGCGUCACCAUUCCGAUGAAGAGCGUUCCCAACAAGCCGCUCGUACCGGUCUCGGAUCCCGGGGCCAACCACGUCCAGAUCGGGGGCGUCAACACGACCGAUCCGCGCUUUGCCGUCUACAAGAGCUACGAUGGCUGCCUGUCGAAUAUUUUUAUCGAAGUCAACAACGAAACGAUGAAGCCUCUCGAGGAGUACAUGCUGUUCACGAAGAGUGAGGCGGAAACCAUCACCGUCAUCAACUCGCAGGGUGUCCGCUCGGCACAGUGCAAGCAGUUCGACGUCAUCCAAAAGCUGGCAGCGUUCAACGAGCCGGCCCUCAACAUGACUUCGGUGGAACAGGUUAUCGACAAGAACUGGGUAGUCGAUGCGCCGAUCCGGGUGCCAUACACGGCGGUCUACUUCGACCCGUCGCAGAAGGAGGAAAAGACGCAGGUCGUCUUUAUCGCCCUGACGGCCGUCUUCGUCAUCAUCGUCGUGUGCUGUCUGAUCGAGGUGUACCGUUCCGACCGCGAGUACCGCAAGCGCAUGGAGCGUCAGACGGAUGAGGACAUCAUCUGGAGCAAGGAGCAGGCCGCCAAGAUGCAAAACGAAUCGUCCACGACCAACGUGAAAGGAUUUGGCUACAAAUCGGUGCCUGGUGAAGAGAAGAAGGACAGCGGCAAGCCCCUGGUCGGAAUACUGAAGAAUGGCACUGCAACGGCGCCGGCGGAAAAGGUUGACACGCCUGCGGUAGAAACGGAAACUGGAGGCAUUCGUGACAGUCAGCUAAUUGACCACGAGCUGCAGUGGGAGUCGCUGGCGGCAGAAGAAAACGAAUCGCUACUAAGGAAGGAACCAUCCAGUGACACUAUCGCUAGUAGAGCCACCGACGACAGCCCCCGAAACCGGCUGGCCAAUGGUAAUCAUGUGGCCGGCGAUGGCACUACUAACGGGGUGGACAGUGAGCUGACCGACAAUCCGGUGGGCUCCCCCGUGGCCAAAGUCAACGGGCACACGCAUACACCGACCAGCGCACGGAAGCCGGCCCCCGGAAAGCUGAUCCUGAAACGAACGCCACCGGAACCGGGGGACAAAAGUCUGGCCAUCACCCCACCAACACCGGUGCCCAUGUCGAGCCCCAUAACCAACGGUUUGCGGCCGCGGGGACCACGGCAGGUUUCAUGGGGUCCUCCGCCACCUCCCGCCCUGAUCAGUGCUAAUCCGCUUCCGUUCAAAAUCGACGAAACGCCCGAGUCAUCUGCGUAGGACCUCAUGCUUUCACUGUGUGUAUGUGCGCGUUCCCGGUCUCAUACGUUUGGUUACUUGUGGUUUUGCUGAAAACAUUGUGUGUAUAAACUUACAUUACUACUUUAGCUGUUGCCAGCGUGUAUAUGUAAACGUGUAUUUUGUGUUGGGCACGAUCUAAGAAAGCGGUGAUCUUUACCUAAAUCAAACCAUCAUCAACGAUCUCUUCUCACUUCUUCGCCUCGUUUGUCUCUCACCUCCGCUUUAGCAUACUGUACUCGGUUAUAAAGAAACAUUUGACCAAAGCCGUGGGCCGU